AUGGCCUGGAGUUUCCAUGGGAAAGCCCAGCUCGGGGGACUGCUCCUCUCUCUCCUCGCCUGGGUCUGCUCCUGUGUCACCACGGUCCUGCCCCAGUGGAAAACUCUCAAUCUGGAGCUGAACGAAAUGGAGACCUGGAUUAUGGGCCUUUGGGAGGUCUGCGUGGAGCAGGAGGAAGGCGCCACUGUGUGCAAGGCCUUUGAGUCCUUCUUGUCUCUGCCCCAGGAGCUCCAAGCAUCCCGCAUCCUCAUGGUAGCCUCCCAGGGGCUGGGACUAUUGGGGCUUCUGCUCUCUGGCUUUGGGGCCGAAUGCUUCCAGUUUCACAGGAUCAGAUGGGUGUUUAAGAGGCGGCUUUGCCUCCUGGGAGGGACUUUGGAAGCAUCAGCUUCGGCCACUACUCUUUUCCCAGUCUCCUGGGUGGCCUAUGCCACAAUCCAAGACUUCUGGGAUGACAGCAUCCCUGAGAUCGUGCCUCGGUGGGAGUUUGGAGAUGCCCUUUACCUGGGCUGGGCUGCUGGUGUUUUUCUGGCCCUCGGUGGGUUCCUCCUCAUAUUCUCGGCCUGCCUGAGGAAAGAAGAUGUGCCCUCUCCCCGGAUGGUUGUCCUUACAGCAGCCCCACCAUCCUGUGCUCCAGUGGAGGAAUCUGACGGCUCGUUCUAUCUAAUGCCAAGAUUAGGAUCCUGUUCACCUAAGAGAAGCUUCUGCCAAGGAAUCUCUGGACCAGAGGAAUGUCAGUAG